AUGCCUCACGCCACCCAGAACCAGGCCCCAGAGGCCCCGGAAGAUGCGGAGUUUGACAAUGUUAUGCGCCAGCUGAACAACUACGAAGGCGGUCCGCAGUUUGACUUCCUCAGCCGAGAUUUGGAUGUUGGCGAGAAGGCGGAAGACGCGGUCGACUACGAAGACUUUGAAGACGAUGAACUUCCCGAUGAAGAAGAGCCGGAUGCGGCGCGGCGACCUGCUGGGAACGACGCGACCGAUGACCUCUUCGCAGACCUAGGAGCUGACGAGGCCGGGCUUUUUGGACCAAGUGACGAUAUCUUUGGCGGGACUGGCGAAGGCGAACAACCUCAGGAUGACAACCUCGAUGAUUUGUUUGGUGAAGGACCUUUUUCUCCCCCUCCUGCUGGCCAGGUGGAUGAUACCCGGGACCUCUUCGAAGAUGAAGAACCGUCGUUGACAACACAGCCUGUCGAGCUGCCACCGAUCCCGCCGGUGAAGGAGGCCCAAGAUCAGCCCAUGACCGAGGAUGUGGACGAAGAUGAUAUCCUGGACGAUGCUAGUGUUCGCUCGGAGGAAAUGGAUGAAGCGACUCUGCGCGCAUGGAAACUCCAACAACAGUUGUUUGCGAUGUCCGGGAGGACUGGGCCCGAUCAUCUACCUGCGCCACCGGAGAAUCACGAGGAACUUCUGCACUCCCUAUUCCCCAGCUUCGACCGCAACACCCUUCCUCGUUGGUUGGAGAUCAUCCCACACAAGAAAGCGUUCUAUCUUGGAAAACAGCCUCUCAAGCCCCCCAAGCCGGUUCUCCCUACGAAAGUCAAUAUCGAACUAGCUCCUGACCAGGAGCGCGUGUUCAGAACCGGCCAGUCGAAUAAACGCGUUCUGGACCAUGAGUCUUUGGGCAUUGUGGUCAUCACAGAAGCCACCCAGGAAGAAGAGGAGGGGGAGGAGGAGGAGGAGGAAAAGGAGGACUUUGACAUGGGUGACGCCGAUAUGGAUGAGAUACUCCCAGGAGGCUUCACCAUGCAAGAUCUUCGGACCAUUUGUGUCGACUGGGAUGUCAAAGAUGAACUCUCAACGACGACAGAAGAAGAAGCCGCUCCUAUCUUAAACGAUUCUGCCCCGAAUGAAUCUGCCGACCUGUUCGACGACGAUGCGGAUUGGCUGAUGGAAGAAAAUCCACCAUCGAAGAAGCGCAAGACCGGCCCAACUCCCAUCGACGUUAUUGCCCUAUCCCACCUUGAUAUUCCCCUCCUCGAUGAACCUGAGCAAGCGGUUGCACAAAUCGCAAAACGGAUCACUAUUGACAUGAAUGAUCCCAACAUCCUUGUGGAAGAGUUGAGACCAGAUGCGGUACUGCCCAAGCCCAAACAGACUGGGCCGCGAAAUAGGGAGGAUGUCGAUACAAACCUAACUCGCAAACUCACCUCACGAUAUAACAUCUCGAAUGAUCAGGCAUACGACAUGCUAAAGCAGAACCACCAGAACAAGAUUCGGAGUACUCUUGGUAACGUCACUCUGGAGCAUGCCUUGCCAGCCUUGCGCUUGCAAUGGCCUUACUAUAAGACUGAGCUGCAAAAGGCCGAAGCACGGUCUUUCCACAGGCCUGCUUUGAAUUUCCGAAGUGGUCAAACCUCUUGGUUCAAGAAUCCCGCGCAUGUUAAACGCAAGCAUCUCAAGGGCAAGGACGCCAAGGCUUUGUUUGACUCAACCAAAGCACUCUCACUGGCCGAUAACUCCAGCGUACUCUUGGUGGAAUAUUCUGAGGAGGUUCCCAUGGUGCUCUCCAACUUUGGCAUGUGCAACCGAUUCAUCAACUACUACCGAAGGAAGAACCCAGAAGACCCCACUCGCCCUAAGGCAGAAAUUGGCGAGACAGCCGUCUUGCUGCCGCAGGACAAAAGUCCCUUCUCUAUCUUCGGGCAUGUUGACCCGGGUGAGAUUGUCCCAGCGAUCUCCAACUCAAUGUAUAGAGCCCCGUUGUUCCCGCACCAAGCCAAGUCGACCGAUUUCCUGGUUAUUCGCAGUACAACCGGCUCGGGAGGCAUGAGUUACUUCAUACGCAACAUCGAGAACUUCUACAUUGCUGGACAACAAUUCCCAUCCGUUGAUAUUCCUGGCCCUCAUUCGCGCAAAGUCACCACCGUCGCUAAGAACCGAAUGAAGAUGCUUGUCUACCGACUUCUCAAAAAGAGUUCUGACGAGCGACUUGCCAUCUCUGAUGUCACGGCACACAUCCCUGGUACCACCGACAUGCAGAAUCGGCAAAAAGUCAAGGAUUUCCUACAGCAUGACAAGGAUACCAAGUAUUGGAAACCUCUGGAUCCCGUCCUCCCUGACCAAGACACCAUCCGAUCGUGGGUUCAACCAGAGGAUGUCUGUCUGCUAGAAUCCAUGCAGGUCGGCCAGCAACAUCUCCACGAUACCGGUUUCGGCAACGACGCUGAAAAUAGCAACGAGAACGAUGAGGAUGAGGAAGGCGAGAGCUUCGAACAGCUGAUGGCUCCUUGGAAGGCGUCCCGCAACUUUCUGCUAGCUUCCCAAGGCAAAGCCAUGUUGAAGCUCCAUGGCGAAGGUGAUCCCACCGGACGUGGCGAAGGUUUCAGUUUCAUCAAAACAUCGAUGAAAGGUGGCUUCAAGGCCAUCGGUGAAAGUGUUGAAGACAAAUUGGAUGCCCAGCGGCUUAAGGAGCUUGGUGGGCAUAGUUACAAUGUCGCACGCCAACAAAGGUCAUACGAAACAUCCAUUCGCCGAAUCUGGGAUGCUCAGAAGGCAAGCCUGUCUUCCACUAUUGAGCAUUCCGACGAAGAGAGCGACGUCGAUCAAGGGGGUAUGGAAGAAUUCAGCAAGCCUACCCCACGAUCUGAAGCACCAACGCCUGCACCUAGUCGGCGAUACGAUGAUGAAACAACCAGCCAGUUCAGUCGGAUGAGCUUCGCAAGCCAGAAAGGCAAGGUCCUCCGCAUCACCCGGCAAUAUAAAGCCCCGAAUGGCGAAAUCUUGGAGAAAGAACAACUUGUUUGGGACCCCCGGGUCAUCAGACAAUACAUCCAACACCGCCACCGCUCCGAAGCUCUCACCACCAAACUAGAAUCCCUUCAGCCAACCGGUGACCCCGAGGUGGAUGCUCGUAACCGCAAACUGAUCGAGGCCGAGCUAAGCCGUCUCAACCGGAACAAGGAGCGCCGCUUCGCCCGCGAGAAACAGAAGGGCAUCACUCGUGCAGGAGAUUCACCUGCAGACGGUAAACCCGCCGGAACGCAGCGCAAAUGCGCGAACUGCGGCCAGGUCGGACACAUCAAGACGAAUAAGAAGCUUUGUCCACUACUAAACGGUACGAUGAAGCCGGAGGACCGGGUAACGGACUCGGCAUUCUCCAUGAGUGCGCCUAUCAUCUAG